CAGGAAAGAAGAGAGCUCAGUUGCUGGCUCAAGCCCAGGUCAUGGAGGAAGCCAUGACCAUAUACAGGGAAGUGCAAUCCGGACGUGGGGUUGAGGGCUUUCUUUAAUGGCCAACUUGAAGACCCAUUUGAAAGAAGUGGUUGCAGUCUCAAUUGCUUUUAUUGUCGGAUUCAUCACAGUACAGAUUGUCAUUUACAUCAGAGAAUCAAUCUCAAACGAUCACCGGCCGCCGGUGGCCGGGCUGAUGCUUAAUCAACUAAUACACUUCAACGAACUCUUCGAUUACCAAACUUCUCUUGCCAGGAAGAACCCUACUUAUCGACUAAUCACACCUUCACAUAGUGAAAUCUACACCACCGAUCCUGUUAACGUCGAAUAUAUAUUGAAAACCAACUUCUCCAAUUAUGGCAAGGGGCAGUAUAAUUUUGAUGUGAUGAGAGAUCUGUUUGGCGACGGGAUCUUUGCCGUCGAUGGAGAGAAAUGGCGGCACCAGAGAAAGCUGGCCAGUUAUGAAUUCUCGACCAAAGUUCUAAGAGACUUCAGCUCUUCAGUGUUUCGAGCUAAUGCUGCUAAAUUGGCUUCCAUAGUUUCUGGUGCAUCAACUGCCAAGGAAAUCAUAGACUUGCAGGAUUUAUUGAUGAAAUCAACUUUGGAUUCAAUUUUCAAAGUGGGAUUUGGCAUUGAGCUCGACACUCUGUCGGGUUCGGAUGAGUUCAGCAACCGAUUCAUGAAGGCAUUCGACGACUCCAAUGUUAUUGUAUACUGGCGAUACGUUGAUCUACUGUGGAAGAUAAAGAGGUUUCUCAACAUAGGCAUGGAAGCAACUCUUAAGAAGAACAUCCAAAUCAUAGACAGCUUUGUUUAUGAACUGAUUCGGUCCAAGAGGGAUCAGAUGAAAAAUGGAGACCUCCAUAGAGGGAAAGAAGACAUAGUAUCGAGGUUUCUGUUGGAGAGCGAGAAGGACCCAGAGAAGAUGAAUGACAAAUAUUUGAGAGAUAUAACCCUAAACUUCAUGAUUGCAGGGAAAGACACAUCUGCAAACUCGCUCACUUGGUUCUUCUACAUGUUGUGUAAGCAUCCAUUUGUGCAGGAGAAGAUUGCGCAGGAAGUGAGAGAAGCAAUUGGAGCAGCUGAUCGGGAGAACAUAUCCAUGAUGGAUGAACUUGGCAAUAGGUUAACUGAAUCAGCUUUGGAAAACAUGCAGUAUCUUCAUGCAGCUCUAACUGAGACUCUCAGACUCUACCCUGCUGUCCCUCUGGAUGCAAAGAGUUCAGAGAAGGACGAUGUUCUGCCUGAUGGCUUCAAAAUAAAGAAAGGAGAUGGAGUAAACUACAUGACUUAUGCCAUGGGAAGGAUGAGAUACAUCUGGGGAGAGGAUGCUGAGGAAUUCAAGCCAGAAAGAUGGCUUCAAAAUGGUGUUUUCCAAGUUCAAAGCCCUUUCAAAUUCACUGCCUUUCAGGCUGGGCCUCGGAUAUGCCUGGGAAAGGAAUUCGCGUACAGGCAGAUGAAGAUAUUGGCCUCAUAUCUGCUAUUCUUCUUCAGAUUCAAACUUGUGGAUGAGAGCAAGGAGGCGACUUACAGAACCAUGUUCACUCUUCACAUGGACGAAGGCCUUCAUCUCUAUGCUUUUCCAAGGUUGUAGAUACAGAUGAUUGAACAAGCCUGCAACUGUUUCUCUAAUUAUUAUAUAUUAUAUAUAACAGCUUGGCUUUGGAUCUACAUGAUGAAUGCUGGUGCAGCUCCAAUUAAUGAAAAAGGCCAAGAAAUUAAUGGAUUGUGCAAUGAAAAGUAAUAGAAAUAU